AGGACAAAAAGAAAGAGCGGCAAGCAAAUUCCAAAUGAGCACAGGAAAUCCUGCAGUUGCAUACCUUAACUCUCUCGUACAGCAUGAGUAACUCACAGUACUGUACUCGUACAGGCACAGCACUGUGUUCAAGUACAGCAUCUUGCCCCCCCCCUCUCCCCUUCUUCCUUGGAUCAAUAAUAGACCCUAUCACGUAAGGGGGAAAAUCACCAUCGCCAUUCCUCCCCGCCUCUCCCCCAACCGUUCUCUGACCAAUCAACCCAGCGUUACUGUGGUCCCCCAAUCACUCUACCACCCUAACAAACAAGCAAACAACGAUAACCCUCACUCCCAACUACGAGUAGCCCUGCUACCGUGUAUCCCGGCGCCGACACUCCCGGCAGACCAACCUUCCCUUUACACUUUACCUACGCUCCCCCAACAUCUAGCAACCUCCCAGCCCCCCAACAGAAGAAUGCCUUUCCGUGAUGCAAUCCGGGAGAUGAGCGGGUUCCACCGGGACGAGGUAACUAUUUCCCAUCCCCCUACCACUUUGUCGGUUGCAACCCCUCUUCUUCGUCCUCUCCUCCAAGGGGUAGUGGGAUGGAAGAGGAAUGAUUGAUCGGAUGGCUGAUGCUGGAGGAAAUUUACGACUUCGUCGGAAUGGAAUGAAGCUACGACCUGAGGACACUUAUCUUAGCUGUGGGUUUUCUAUUGCCGUUCUCACCGACUGGGGCGGAAUCCGUUACUGACUGGGUGGAUGGUUAGAUUAUGAUGUUUGCGGUGUGUCUGUCUAGGUAAUCCUGCGUUGGCGGAGACUGAUUCGGGCCGGUGCCAAUAGUUACCAAGGAAGACAUCGACUGUUUGAAGGGAGACUGGUUGACAGACAAUGUAGGAGCCCCCAUCCUUUUUCUUGGUUCGUUCGGUUCUAUCAUUUCUUGGGGUUUUGAGAAUGGAAUGCUCUGUCGGAGAUAUCUUUUUUUUAUUACUAACAAUCAGGGCGGGGGUGUAGAAUAUCUCGUUCUGGGAGGAGUGCGUUUCUUCUUUGUCUCAUUGUUCUGGAUCGUUUCUUGUUGUCGGUCUCGCUAAUGACAGGUAUUUCCGCGGUUUCGUUUUAUGGGAGCUUUAGGUAUCUUGAACAUGAAGAGUUAUUGAAAAAUCCUAACAAUAAAGUUAUGCUGUUGAGACCCUCGAUGGUGUUCCUGCUAAAGAAUACCAAAGGUAUGAACCAAAGGAGCUCCUAGCCAUCUCACCCACAGCUAAUGGCUUCAAUCCCUAGAUCCGCUUACGCUUGAGUCUGCUCUACCGGAUGUGAAAAAAGCGUCUCACAUCUUCCUCCCCAUCAACGACUGUCGCAAUCCUUCGAUUGCUGAGGGCGGAACGCAUUGGUCCCUUCUCGUUGUCGGCGUCAGCGACCGUGUAGCUUUCCACUAUGAUUCGCUCUCGCCUGCAAAUUGUGGCGAGGCUCGAGAGGUAUCUAAGAAGUUGGGGGUUUUACUCAGGUUUUCACUCGAAUUUUCCGAUCUAGAGGAUACACCGCAACAGGAUAACGGGAGUGACUGUGGGGUACAUGUCUGCUGGGCGAUGAAACACUUACUUGUUAAGAGGCUCUUGGCGGUAGAGCGUGAGAAAGAGGUGCAAAUGAGUCUUCGGGGUAAACGGGUUGACGCAACUGGUUACCGGAAGGAAAUGUUUAAGAUUUGUGAAGGCUUGAGGAAGAAGGCUUCCAGAAGGUUGGGAUCCUUUUCGUACCCUCUCCCGGAUGUGCGCAUUAUACCCGUGUUACUGACACUUCCGCUCGCGGGAUAUAUAUAGCACAAGCCCUCGCGUGUCAAAACACGAUGGGAAAGACAGUCCCCCGAGGAUUGGUGACGAUUAGCCCCAAAUUUUCUUGCUCGCGUUGUAUUACACAAUUGCUCCUUUUUACCUUCUUCGAUUAAUAACAAUUACCGACAAAGGGUAUACCCAUAUCACCGG